UAUUUGCACUAUGAAUACAUGCACAGCCACCGAUGAUAAAGAUACUGCCGAGUCUCCUCUGAUGUUGGCCAAUGAUGCGAUUUGGAUCCAUGGCAUUCUACCUUCAGUUGGUGUUGGACAGUAUGCCUUUGUGGGGGCUGUCAACAAGAAGAUGAAUCAACUGUACAAAGAGUACUGCAAAAUUGAAUUUGAGAAAAAGCCAAGAAAGGUAAGGGACUUCCGUGGGCAGUGUCCCCCCAGUCGCUCAGCCACCGCUACAGAUACACUCUACAGCGAAACAUUCUGUACCAUAUCGCGCGCAGAAUACUGGCUCAAGGACAAUUCCAGAAAUAAGGCACCUGGUCAUUUGGAUGUUUGUACUGUAAUUGCCAAAAUUGGAAAUAUUAUGGUUAUGAAAUGGGCACGGCAACAAGGGUUCCCUUGGAAUCAAUGGACAUGUGAAGCAGCUGCUGAAAAUGGACAUUUGGAAAUUUUGAAGUGGGCUCAUGCCAAUGGCUGUCCAUGGAAUCUAUGGACAUGCAACUUUGCUGCUAAGAAUGGACAUUUGGAAAUUCUAAAGUGGGCUCGUGAGAAUGGUUGUCCAUGGGAUGAACGGACAUGUGCUGGAGCUGCUAAAAAUGGUCAGUUGGAAGUUUUAAAAUGGGCUCAUGCAAAUGGUUGUUCAUGGAGUGAAGGGACAUGCUCAGGUGCUGCUCUAAAUGGCCAUUUGGAUAUUUUGAAGUGGGCCCGUACAAAUGGUUGUCCUUGGGAUGAAGGGACAUGUAACAAUGCUGCUCAAAAUGGCCAUUUGGAAACUUUGCAGUGGGCUCGUGAAAAUGACUGUCCAUGGAAUGAAGGGACAUGUAACCUUGCUGCUCAAAACGGUCAUUUGGAAACUAUGAAAUGGCUGCAUGCAAAUGGUUGUCCAUGGGAUGAAAGAACGUGUAAUGAUGCUGCUCAACAUGGACAUUUGGAAGUGCUGAAAUGGGCACGUGCAAAUGGUUGUCGAUGGAAUUUAUGGACAUGCAGACUUGCUGCUAAAAAUGGUCAUUUGGAAAUUCUAAAGUGGGCCCGUGCCAAUGGUUGUCAAUGGGAUGAACAUACAUGUUCCUCUGCUGCUCGAUUUGGACAUUUGGAAGUUUUGAAGUGGGCUCGUGAAAAUGGUUGUCCAUGCGAUGUAUCAACAUAUCGAUCUGCCAGAAGAACCAAAUCGAUCAACAAACGUGAAUUGAUCCGGUGGGUAGAGGACAAUUGCUGUCCUGGGUCCAUGGCUGCCCUGAGUCUCGCGAUGACGGAAACCAUGUCUGCCCUGGGUCCAUGACUGCCCUGGUUUUCCCUCCUAGCAGCCCACCAUGACUGGCAAGCUAAAGCCAAUGGCUGGAGGACGGCGAUAAGGGGCAUACCGGUAGAGGGAGGUCCAGAAGCAGGACGGCUAUGAUUGAGCUUUGAGUGCAUUUUUGAUCAAAGAUGCAUGCAGAGCCGAGAGUUCGUCUAGAUGAUUAAAUCGUCAUAACAGCCCAUACCAGAUUGGUCAAUUACAUGUAUUCUCCCUGGCGAGAUUCUGCGCUCCUAACUGGCUAGUCCCGAAU